CAAAAUAAAGAAUAAAAAGCAAGUCAAUUUUCACUUUAGUGAUAUAUACACACCUUCAUAUAUGUGUCGUCUACAAACACUUCCACACACCAUUGUUUCCAACACACUCAUUUCACACUCUCUCUCUCACACACACACACACACACACUACACGCACAAGAUUACACACAUGGACUGGUUCUCUUGGCUAUCAAAAACAGAACUAGACCCAACCCUAGUCUACGAGUACGGCCUCACAUUCGCACAGAACGAGCUCGAGCGAGACGACGUCGUUUACUUCAACCACGAGUUCCUCCAAAGCAUGGGCAUCUUCAUUGCCAAGCACCGCCUCGAAAUCCUCAAACUCGCCGCAAAAGAAAAGAAGGGCGCCGCCGCCAUCCCGCCCCACCACCACAUGUCCAGAAUCUUGAUCGCCGCCGUCGCCCGAACCAAGAGGUGCUUCUCCAAGUACGUCCAGCCCUUGCUCCGCAGCCGCCGCCGCGAGGAAUCGUCGUCGGCUCUCGCCGUCGUCGUCCCCCACCGGAAUUCUAUUGUGAAGAGGAGCAAGAGGUUCGCGGUGGCGAACGAGAAGCAGCGGCGGCGGCAGCCGCCUCUUCUGCUCACGAAUGGGAGCCCGCGGAUGCUGUUCCACGGCGGCUCGAGAAUCAACAGUUUCUCAAGCCCUUUGAGCCGUGAUCAGCUCGAAGAAAGAGACGGCGGCGACGGUGAUCGUAAAAUGGACGACGGCGGAGAUGCCGAUGAGUACUGGUCCUCCGCCGUGGAGGAGAUCAGAUGGGAUACCAUGUUUCAGAACUUGAAACCCACUUGAAAAAAAAAAAUACAUUUCUAAUUUUAAUUAAUGUUUUUUUCUUUUCUUUUUUUUAAUUAAUUGAUUAAUUAGUGAAUUUGAAUGGCGUGGGAGAUUGUUUUUUAGGCUCUUCCACCAUGGCUUGGAGAUUUUAUUUUAUUUUAUUUUCUUUUUCUUUAAUAUUUUUUAAUUUCUAUUUAAUAUUUUUUGUUUUCUUUUUUAUUUCUCCACUAAUUAGUGGGCCCCACAAAAGGGUUUGUGGACUGUGGUGAAUAGUGAAAAUCCAGUUGAGGAUCUUUACUAUGUAGGAGUAAUGAAUUUGUCUCCCUUGCUUUCUUGCAAGAGUGAUGACUUCUUUUGUGUCAUAAUUAAAGUUGUUUGAUU